AUGAGCUCUAACACUACAAAGAAAACUGCUGUUGUGAUCUUCAGUCAUGGUUUAGGUGAUACUUCAAGAGGUUGGACUUUCUUAGUCGAACAAUUUCAUUCUCGUAUGCCUUGGAUCAAAUGGGUACUUCCUGAUGCACCCGUUCAACCAGUCACACUCAACGGGGGUCUUCAAAUGCCAUCAUGGUUUGAUAUCGUCGCACUUGAUCCAGCAGCUCCAGAGGAUCAAAAAGGUCUAUUAGAAAGUGUUGCACUUAUCAACCAAUACGUUCAACGUGAGAUCGAUAAUGGUAUUCCACCUGAAAGAAUUAUCGUCGGUGGUUUCUCACAAGGUGCGACUAUCGGAAUCUUGACCGGUCUUACCAGUCCACACAAGCUAGCAGGAGCGGUCUCGUUAUCAGGCUUCCUACAGCUAGCAGAUCAACUUAAACAGCUUCGUAAACCUCAUUCGGUCAGUUUACCAGUCUUUUGGGGUCAUGGAACAGAUGAUCCAUUAGUUAGGUAUGAUUGGGGACAAGAAUCGGUUGACUUCUUGGUUAAAACCUUGGGGAUGAAACGUGUUGACUUCAAAACUUAUCAAGGUCUUACCCACAGUGCCUCACCAAAGGAGAUUGAAGAUAUGAUGGCUUGGAUAGGUUCUAAACUUCCUCAAACUGCUUAA